AUGCCUCAAGCACAGCCAGAACUCAAGAAGUACCUCGACAAGCGCAUCGAAGUACAGCUCAACGGCUCUCGCAAGGUUAUGGGCACACUUCGUGGCUACGACGUCUUCCUCAACAUGGUGCUCGACGAAGCGACUGAAAGCAAGCCGAACAACGAGAAAGUGCGCCUGGGCAUGGUCGUGAUUCGCGGCAACUCCGUGGUGAUGAUGGAGGCGCUGGAUCGCAUUGCUCCGGACAGGGAACACUGA